UUUGCUUGCUGCCCUGCUGCUGCUGCUCCACCGCCGCCAUGGGGAAGACGGACUUCCUGAGCCCCAAGGCCAUCGCCAACCGCAUCAAGUCGAAGGGGCUGCAGAAGCUGCGCUGGUACUGCCAGAUGUGCCAGAAGCAGUGCCGGGAUGAGAAUGGCUUUAAAUGUCAUUGCAUGUCAGAAUCUCACCAGCGACAGCUGCUGCUGGCGUCUGAAGAUCCUGAGCAAUUCAUGGAUUAUUUUUCAGAGGAAUUCCGGAAUGAUUUCUUAGAACUUCUCAGAAGAAGAUUUGGAACAAAGAGGGUCCACAAUAAUAUAGUAUAUAAUGAAUAUAUUAGUCACCGAGAACACGUCCAUAUGAAUGCUACCCAGUGGGAAACUCUGACGGAUUUUACCAAGUGGCUAGGGAGAGAAGGCUUCUGCAAAGUGGACGAAACUCCCAAAGGCUGGUACAUCCAAUAUAUCGACCGAGACCCCGAGACGAUCCGUAGGCAGCAAGAGCAGGAGAAGAAAAAGAAACAGGACCUGGAUGAUGAAGAGAAAACGGCCCGAUUCAUUGAAGAACAAGUCCGGAGAGGCUUGGAGGGGAAAGAGCAGGGAGAACCAGUCUACACAGAACUGAACAGAGAAAACGAGGAGGAGAAAGUGGUAUUUAAUUUGUGCAAAGGAGCAAGCACUUCAACAGCGUCUCAUUCCAAAGCCAGCGCACUUGGAUCCAGCGCACUGAAGGAGGCAGGAGCAGCACCCACAGUGAAGCGGAAAGAAAUGCCUCAGAAUUCAGAUCAGUCGAAAGAGAAGAAGAAGAAGAAGAAAACAGCCCUCGACGAGAUCAUGGAGUUUGAGGAAGAGAAGAAGAAAUCUUCCCGGACAGACCAUUGGCUGCAGCCUGAAAUUGUGGUCAAAAUUAUAACGAAGAAACUGGGUGAGAAAUACCACAAAAAGAAGGCAGUUGUCAAGGAAGUAAUCGACAAAUACACAGCAGUUGUCAAGGUGAUUGACUCCGGAGAUAAACUGAAGCUUGACCAAACACAUCUGGAGACGGUGAUCCCAGCACCAGGCAAAAAGGUGCUGGUUCUAAACGGGGGUUAUAGAGGAAAUGAAGCUACCUUAGAGAGCAUCCAUGAGAAAAAGUAUUCGGCAACGAUACUCAUUGAAACUGGACCUCUGAAAGGACGUCAAGUCGAAGGCAUUCCUUAUGAAGACAUUUCCAAGUUGGCCUGAGAUGAUUGGAAGAGCACAUGGACUUGGAGGUACCCUACCUAAGGAU